UUGACUGCAACAACUAUCUCUUUACUUCUUUAAAACUUGAGCAAAUCAUCAUGCGAACAAUUCAUCUCCUUUCUCACGCUAAAAAUAAACUCAAUCUCAAUCUCUUCUUUCCUUAAUUUCAUAUACAAAAUCAAACCCAUUUUCUGAUUUUCUCAUUCCAUCCCGUUUUCAUCAUCAAAAACCUUUCAAAUCUUUCUUCAAUUCUCCUCCACGAACAUUUGCAACCAUGGGAGAAGAUUUAGUAAAGGGAAGUGUUUUCCCUAAUGGACUUGCUUUCCUUACUCUUGAUCGUCCUAAAGCUCUCAAUGCCAUGAAUCUAGAUGGAUUUGAAGUUAUAUGGAGGAGUGGGAAAAUGAUUCUACGGUCAAGUGUAUUCUGGUCGAGAGUAGCUCACCUCGUGGAUUUUCAGCAGGUGAUUACUGCAGAAUAUUCUCUGAUAUGCAAAAUCUCCGACUGCAAAGUGCCAUAUAUUUCCUUUAUGGAUGGAAUAAUAAUGGGUUUCGGAAUUGGUUUAUCUGGGCAUGGUCGCUGUCCCGUCAUCACUGAGCCUAAAGUGGAUGCGUGGCCAAGACUGGAGUAUGGAAUAUUGAUUGGAUAUAUCAGCACCGAGACCUUUGAGAAAGUUUCUCAUUGUGGUGAGCAUGGUGGUGGCUCAGUAUAGCAGUGUUGGUGCGGGGCAGCUUGGGGAUAGGGCCUCUACAGGAUGGUUUGACCAACUGUUGUCGCAUACUAGCUAGCUGUCCUUGUAUACUUUGGUCCCCACUCCAUAAAACUAUGACCUCCUUUCUUUGUUUAGUACUCGUUGGUUUAGCAUUUACAUCUAUUGUUUCUAGCUGCUUUACCAUGUUCGUGUUUCUUGAUUGUCAGUACUGUGCUUCAUUAAGCAUAUGUCAGUACUCUGCAUGAUUAAGCAUGCCAGUGCUGACUCUCAAUCUUUACAUUGUUGCGCCAUUUGACUCAUAUAUGUCAGGUUUUGCAGGUGCUUGAAUGACUGAAAAACGUCUUUCUACUCCAUCCGAUGCCUAUACGUAGGCCUUGGAACUCAUUAUGUGCCAUCAUGAAGCUUGGGUUUACUGAAGGAUGAUCUUCUGGCAUUAAAUUUGUAUUUCACGGAUCACGUGUCUCACUCUAUAGAAGUAAAAUAAAUCCCGAACAAUAGCCCACAGUUUUGUUAUCCAUCUUAAUAUAGCUCCAACUAUCCUGAUAAGAGUGCAUACGCAGUACUUGUUUAGAUACGCCUUCAUAAGAAAAUUGCCUUUUGAGGUUGCUACCUCUGGUACUGGUUCUAGGGACUUUAUAAUAUCUUCUCCUGGGGCAGAUAUUCCUUUCUCUUGUUAUGUUUUUGUGAAUGAACAGGUGAGCUAGUCAGGUAUUUCCCAUGAACUUAGAUGCUACCCAGCAGCAACGUUAGAUCCUGAAUAUGCAGAAGCCAUGGCAUUAUUGGAAUCCAUCAAGUGGGCAUUGGAAAAAAGCUAUACACAUGCAUAUCUGGAGAAUGACUGCAAAAUCAAGCGAGUGCUGUGAAUGGAGGAAGGAGUGCCGUUACUUAUAGUCUAGUCAUAGACAGUUUAAAAUUUUACCUCUUGGAAAUAUUUUUCUUUCCCAAAUUUGUACCUCUUGGUAAUUUUCUUAUAAAAAUAUUUUUUUUCCCAAA